AAUGAGUCAUCAUCAUAAGGCACAUGAUGUUGCUAAAGUUGCAGCCGCUAGAUUGAAUGCAGCUGCAGCUACAAGAAAUUAUAAUGUGACUCCAAGAGUGGAUUAUAGAACAGUUGUAAAGGUGGAUGGUCCACUAGUUAUAUUGGACAAUGUCAAAUUCCCAAGAUAUGCAGAAAUUGUUAAUGUUUGUUUGGGAGAUGGAUCUGUUAGAAAGGGGUAUUGAUCUAUAUAAUACUUUUAGAUAAGUGUUGGAAAUAGCUGGUAAGAAAGCAGUUGUUCAGAUCUUUGAAGGUACUUCAGGUAUCGAUAAUUUGUACACACAUUGCGAAUUCACAGGUUCAACACUUUAAAUGGCAAUCUCUGAAGAAAUGCUUGGAAGAGCUUUCAAUGGAUCAGGAGUUCCCAUUGAUAAAGGACCCCCUGUUUUGGCUGAAGAAUUCUUGGAUAUUCAAGGAUAGCCUAUUAAUCCAUACUCUAGAGUUUAUCCACAAGAAAUGAUUUAAACUGGUAUCUCAGCCAUAGAUUGCAUGAACUCAAUUGCCAGAGGAUAGAAGAUUCCAUUGUUCUCUGCCAAUGGUUUACCUCAUAAUGAAAUAGGAGCGUAUGAUUCUAUAUCUAUAAUUAAAGUUAAAUUGUGCGUUAAGCUUCAUUAGUCAAGGGUAAAGAUGUACUUGAUCAUUCUGAUGAAAAUUUUGCAGUUGUAUUUGGUGCUAUGGGUGUUAAUAUGGAAACUGCUAGAUUUUUCUAAACAGAUUUUGAAUAAAAUGGUUCAAUGGAAAGGGUCGUAUUGUUCAUGAACUUGGCUAAUGAUCCAACAAUUGAAAGAAUUAUUACUCCAAGAUUAGCAUUAACAACUGCAGAAUAUUUGGCAUAUGAAAAGGAAUUACAUGUUUUGGUUAUCUUAACAGAUAUGUCAGCUUAUGCAGAUUCCUUAAGAGAAGUAUCUGCAGCUAGAGAAGAAGUUCCAGGAAGACGUUCCUUCCCUGGUUAUUUAUAUACAGAUCUUUCAACAAUUUAUGAGAGAGCAGGUAGAGUGUAAGGUAAGAAUGGAUCAAUUACUUAAAUCCCAAUCUUGACAAUGCCUAAUGAUGAUAUUACACAUCCCAUUCCAGAUCUUACAGGAUAUAUUACUGAAGGAUAAAUCUUUAUUGAUAGAUAAUUGAAUAAUAAAUAAGUUUACCCACCUAUCAAUGUCUUGCCUUCAUUAUCAAGAUUGAUGAAAUCUGCUAUUGGUAAGGGUAUGACAAGAGAAGAUCAUCCUGAAGUCUCAAAUCAGGUAUUAAUUAUUAUUACCAUAUAUUUAUAGUUAUAUGCAAAUUAUGCCAUUGGUAAAGAUACAGCUUCCAUGAAAGCAGUCGUAGGAGAAGAAGCCUUGUCUGCUGAAGAUCUUUUAUAUUUAGAAUUUUUGAAGAAGUUUGAAAAUAACUUCAUCAGUUAAGGAGCUUAUGAGGUUCGUUCAAUUUUCAAAUCCUUAGAUUUGGCUUGGAGAUUGUUAAGAAUCUUUCCUCCUGAAAAAUUAAAGAAAGUAAUAACGUAUUAUAUUGUGAUUAGAUUAACAAAAAAAAUCUUGAAACCUACUAUUACAGAAGAAAGGAAGAUGAAGAUGAUUUUGAUGGACCUCAAUAAUAGUAAGAAAAAUGAGU